CUUAUCCUCACCAUUCUUUGCUACUACAAUAUGCUUGUUCAUGAUAUAUAGAACAUUCAUAUUCCAUCAAGAAAACCAAGAAUCGAAGAUUGUCUUCUUUAUCUACUUCAUCACCUCCAUUUUGUUGUUGUAAUAUACUAAUACUUUAUUCAGCAACAAAAAAAAAAAACAAAAUGAGAUUUCAAUCGUUUUUGAGAGAAUUUAAAAAACAGAGACGGAUGGUAGAAAAGAGAAAGAAAAGGAAAUCAGAGGAGCUUUCAAAUCCAGUGAGAAAGAAGAUCCGAGUGCCAUCACCUCCAUCUUUAUCUCUUUCAUCAGCUCCAUCUUCUUUGUCUCCUUCAUUACCUUCAUCUCCUCCAUCUCCUACAUCUUUAUCUCUUCCAUUACUUCCAUCUUCUUUAUUUCUUUCAUCACCUCCAUAUUCUUUGUCUCCUUCAUUACCUUCAUCUCCUCCAUCUCCUACAUCUUUAUCUCUUUCAUCACUUCCAUCUUCUUUAUCUCUUUCAUCACCUCCAUCUUCUUUGUCUCCUUCAUCACUUCCAUCUUCUUCAUAUCUUUCAUCACCUCCAUCUUCUAUGUCUCCUUUAUUACCUUCAUCUUCUUCAUCUCCUCCAUCUCUUCCAUCUCCUCGUUCAUCUUCCUCGUCUCACAACUGGACACACGACGUUUUUCCGAGCUUCCGUGGGGAAGAUGUCCGCAGAAGCUUUCUCAGUCAUAUUCAAAAGGAGUUUGAAAGAAAGGGAAUCACACCAUUCAAUGAUAAUGGAAUCAAGAGAGGAAAAUCCAUCGGUCCUGAACUCAUACGGGCGAUUAGAGGAUCUAAGAUUGCAAUAAUCUUGAUCUCCAAGAACUAUGCUUCUUCAAGUUGGUGUCUUGACGAAUUGGUGGAGAUUAUGAAGUGCGAGGAAGAGUUGGGUCAAACUGUGCUGGCCAUUUUCUAUAAAGUAGAUCCAUCUGAUGUAAAGAAGCUGACCGGAUAUUUUGGGGAGGUUUUUAAAAAAACCUGUGCCGAUAAAAGUAAGGAGGAUAUUCGGAGAUGGAGACAAGCUUUGGAGAAGGUGGCCAAAAUCGCUGGUUACCAUUCAAUCAACUGGGAUGAUGAAGCGAACAUGAUCGAAACAAUUGCCAAGGACGUUUCAAACAAGCUGAUUAAUAAUGCGCCAUCAAGUGAUUUCGACGGUUUCGUUGGGAUGAGAGCUCAUAUGGAAAAUAUGAAACCAUUAUUACUCCUUGGCUCCAAUGAAGUAAGGAUGAUAGGGAUUUGGGGUCCAUCUGGAAUAGGUAAAAGCACCAUCGCCAGAGUUCUAUUUUGGGAACAUUCUAGCCAGUUCCAAUUUAGUGUCUUCAUGGCUGAUAUCAAAAGACGCUAUCCAAGACUUGGUUGCAGUGAGUACAGUACGCAACUGCAAUUACAGGAAGAGUUCUUGUCUUCAAUAUUCAACCAGAAGGAUAUCAAGAUUCAUCAUUUAGGAGUUGUGCAAGACAGGUUAAAAGACAAGAGAGUGCUUGUGGUUCUUGAUGACGUGGACCAUUUGGACCAACUAUAUGCCGUGGCGAAAGCAACUGGGUGGUUUGGUCCUGGAAGUCGGAUUAUCAUCACAACACAAGAUAAAGGACUUUUGAAUGCACACGGGAUUAACCAUGUUUACAAGGUGGGUUUCCCACGUUACAAUGAGGCUCUAGAAAUCUUCUGCAUGUAUGCUUUUGGUCAAAAGGCUCCAUAUGAUGGUUUCGAGAAGCUUGCUUGGGAAGUUACAAGACUUGCUGGUAGUCUCCCUUUGGGACUAAAGGUUAUGGGAUCUUAUUUGAAAGGAAGGCCCGAGGAGGAGUGGUGGAAGGAACUACCAAGGUUAAGGACUAGCCUUGAUGGAGACAUUGAAAGUGUCUUGGAAUUCAGUUACAAUGCCUUACUUGCUGAGGAUAAAGAAUUAUUCCUUUAUAUAGCUUGCUUUUUCAACAAUGUACCGAUGGAGAAAGUAGAAACACAUCUAGCAAAUCAUUUCCCCAGUGUGAGUCAAGGUCUUAAGGUCUUAGCUGAGAGAUCUCUCAUAUCUAUCACCACCAGCUACAACGGCUUGACCCCCGAAGAUGUCUGUAUGCAUGAUUUGCUAGCACGGUUUGGUAGAGAAAUUGUUCGUCGACAAUCCCUUUAUGAUCCUGGGCAGCGUCAGUUUUUGGUUAAUGUGCAAGAUAUAUGUAAAGUACUGAAGAAUGAUACACUAGGUAGCGAAAGAGUUGUAGGCUUACAACUCGAUUAUGAUGAGAUCGAGGAUGAGUUAAUAAUAAGUGAGGGAAGCUUUGAAAGAAUGUCUGGUCUCCAAUUCUUAAGGACAACAAGGGGAGACAGAUAUAAACACUCAAGCCCAAACUAUCUACCUCGAAAAGUUAAAUUACUGCAUUGUGGACAUUCUUUGAUGACAUGCCUGCCUUCUAAUUUUAAUACGGAUUCGCUCGUCGAGCUAAACAUGCCUCACAGCAAGCUUGAGAAAUUGUGGGAUGGAAUUAAAACGAUUAAAAAUCUCAAGUGGAUGGAUUUGAGUCGUUCCUCUAAUCUGAAAGAACUUCCUGAUCUUUCAACUGCCACUAAUCUCCGCGUACUGAAACUUCAAAAUUGCUCGGGUUUGGUGAAGCUCCCAUCUUCUAUUGGGAAUGCUACUAAACUUCUGAAAUUAGAUCUCAGUGGUUGUUCAAAUCUAGUGGAACUCCCAUCUUCUAUUGGGAAUCUUAUUAAUCUCACGGAGUUGUAUCUCAGUGGUUGUUCAAAUCUAGUGGAACUCCUAUCUUCUAUUGGGAAUCUUAUUAAUCUCAAACACCUAGAUCUUAGAAGUUGCUCAAAUCUGGUGGAGCUCCCAUCUUCUAUUGGGAAUGCUACUAAACUUCUGAAAUUGGAUCUCAGUGGUUGUUCAAAUCUAGUGGAGCUCCCAUCUUCUAUUGGGAAUCUUAUUAAUCUCACGGAGUUGUAUCUCAUUGAUUGUUCAAAUCUAGAGGAGCUCCCAUCUUCUAUUGGGAAUCUUAUUAAUCUCACGGAGUUGUAUCUCAUUGAUUGUUCAAAUCUAGAGGAGCUCCCAUCUUUUAUUGGGAAUCUUAUUAAUCUCGAACAACUAGAUCUUAGAAGUUGCUCAAAUCUGGUGGAGCUCCCAUCUUCUAUUGGGAAUGCUACUAAACUUCUGAAAUUGGAUCUCAGUGGUUGUUCAAAUCUAGUGGAGCUCCCAUCUUCUAUUGGGAAUGCUACUAAACUUCUGAAAUUAGAUCUCAGUGGUUGUUCAAAUCUAGUGGAACUCCCAUCUUCUAUUGGGAAUCUUAUUAAUCUCACGGGCUUGGAUAUCAGUGGUUGUUCAAAUCUAGUGGAACUCCCAUCUUCUAUUGGGAAUCUUAUUAAUCUCGAACAACUAGAUCUUAGAAGUUGCUCAAAUCUGGUGGAGCUCCCAUCUUCUAUUGGGAAUCUUAAUAAUCUCGAACAACUAGAUCUUAAAAGUUGCUCAAAUCUAGUGGAACUCCCAUCUUCUAUUGGGAAUCUUAUUAAUCUCAAACACCUAGAUCUUAGAAGUUGCUCAAAUCUGGUGGAGCUCCCAUCUUCUAUUGGGAAUGCUACUAAACUUCUGAAAUUGGAUCUCAGUGGUUGUUCAAGUCUAGUGGAGCUCCCAUCUUCUAUUGGGAAUCUUAUUAAUCUCGCAGAGUUGAAUGUUAGUAGGUGCUCAAGUCUAGCGGAGCUCCCAUCUUCUAUUGGGAAUGCUACUAAACUUCGGAAAUUGGAUAUCAGUGGUUGUUCAAGUCUAGUGGAGCUCCCAUCUUCUAUUGGGAAUCUUAUUAAUCUCACGGAGUUGGAUCUUAGUUGGUGCUCAAGUCUAGAGGUGCUCCUAUCUUCUAUUUGGAAUGCUACUAAACUUCUGAAAUUGAAUCUCAGUUGUUCAAGUCUAGUGGAGUUCCCAUAUUCUAUUGGGGAUCUUAUUAAUCUCACGAAGUUGGAUCUCAGUAGUUGUUCAAGUCUAGUGAAGCUCCCAUCUUCUAUUGGGAAUCUUAUUAAUCUCACGGAGUUGGAUAUCAGUGAUUGUUCAAGUCUAGAGGAGCUCCCAUCUUCUAUUGGGAAUGCUACUAAACUUCUGAAAUUGGAUCUCAUUGAUUGUUCAAAUCUAGAGGAGCUCCCAUCUUCUAUUGGGAAUCUUAUUAAUCUCAAACACCUAGAUCUUAGAAGUUGCUCAAAUCUGGUGGAGCUCCCAUCUUCUAUUGGGAAUGCUACUAAACUUCUGAAAUUGGAUCUCAGUGGUUGUUCAAGUCUAGUGGAGCUCCCAUCUUCUAUUGGGAAUCUUAUUAAUCUAACGAAGUUGGAUCUUAAUUGGUGCUCAAAUCUAGUGGAGCUCCCAUCUUCUAUUGGGAAUCUUAUUAAUCUCAAACACCUAGAUCUUAGAAGUUGCUCAAAUCUGGUGGAGCUCCCAUCUUCUAUUGGGAAUGCUACUAAACUUCUGAUAUUGGAUCUCAGUGGUUGUUCAAGUCUAGUGGAGCUCCCAUAUUCUAUUGGGGAUCUUAUUAAUCUCACGGAGUUGGAUCUCAGUAGUUGUUCAAGUCUAGUGAAGCUCCCAUCUUCUAUUGAGAAUCUUAUUAAUCUCCAGACCUUGAAGCUUAUAGGCUGCUCAAGUCUAGAGGCUCUUCCGAUCAACAUCGACAUGGAAUCUCUCGAUACACUUUUUCUCACUGGUUGCUCAUCGUUGAAAACCUUUCCUGAGAUUUCCACAAAAAUUAAGACUCUUUGGAUUUGUGGAACUGCAAUAGAAGAAAUUCCUUCGUCAUUCAGGUCAUGGUCUUGUCUUGAGGACUUGCAAAUGCCAUACUGUGAAAACCUGGCGGAAUUUCCGCAUGCUUUUGGCUGCAUCACGGAGCUUCAGGUGAGCAAUACAAGAAUACAAGAAAUUGCUCCAUGUGUCAAGGAAAUGUCUCGUCUACGUACACUUGUAAUCAAGGGAUGCACAAAUCUUGUUUCGCUCCCAGAGCUUCCAGGCUCCUUAAGAGUCCUGCUUGCAGAAAAUUGCGAGUCACUAGAGACACUAGAUUGCUCUUUUCACAAGAUAGAGUUUGAUCGUCUCUUGUUUAGCAACUGCUUCAAAUUGAAUCAAGAAGCAAGAGACCUUAUCAUCAAGACAUCGAUUAGUAUUAAAGAUGGCUAUGAAAUCUUACCCAGAGAAAUAGAGAUCUCUCAUCUCUAUCACCAACAAUUACGACGGCAACUGGUUCUCCAACAGUGUCCGUAUGCAUGAUUUGCUAGUACGGUUUGGUAGAGAAAUUGUUCGUCGACAAUCCAUUUAUGAUCCUGGGCAGCGUCAGUUUUUGUUUAAUGCCCAAGAUAUAUGCCAAGAACUAAAUAAUGAUACACUAGGUAGCGAAAGAGUUGUAGGCUUACUAUUCGAUUAUGAUGAGAUCGAGGAUGAGUUAAUAAUAAGUGAGAGAGCCUUUGAAAGAAUGUCUAGUCUCCAAUUCUUAAGAACAAACUAUCACUUUGCCGUAAACUCAAGCCCAAACUAUCUACCUCGAAAAGUUAAAUUACUGCAUUGUGGACAUUCUUUGAUGACAUGCCUGCCUUCUAAUCUUAAUACGGAUUUCCUCGUCGAGCUAAACAUGCCUCACAGCGAGCUUGAGAAAUUGUG